AUGGACACCCAGAAAGACAUUCAACCCCCAAAGCAGCAGCCAAUGAUAUAUAUUUGUGGAGAGUGUCACACCAAAAAUGAAAUAAAAUCCAGAGAUCAAAUCAGAUGCAGAGAAUGCGGAUACAGAAUAAUGUACAAGAAAAGGACUAAAAGAUUGGUGUUUUUUGAUGCUUGA